AUCACAUUUAAAAAUCUUCUUUCCCAGAACCACCCAAUUUUUUAAUUUAAAUAAUCAAAGCCAAUAAGUCCAAAAAUUUAGAUCUUUUUACACAACAAAUCAAAUAUGUUUCAAAAAAACUUCCUUGCUUUAUUUAUAAUUUUUGAGGUACUUCAAAUCUUCCCAUCAUUGGCAUUACCUUCCAAUGAAAUCACUAAGGGUGUUUCAGCCACCACAGAAACCUCCAGAGCCGGUUCCAGAUCCCAAUCAACUUCCAUGCAAGUUGAAUCAGUUCAGAGGAUGGUCCAUCCAGAUGGUCAAAACCCAAAAAGGGAACUUACAGAAUCUGAAAAAGUAAAUCAGGGGCAGAAAUCUUUAUGUGGAUCAAUUUUACACUUUGCUUGCACUCCCUUGACUUGUGAUUGGUUUGAGGAGAAGUGAUUUUCACUAUAUAUAAGUUAUAACCUAUCACUGUAGAGAGAUGAUUCACACCCAUCUAGAUUGUGCCACUGGGUUUAUGAUUCUAUCAAUUCAAUAUCAUCUUAUUUGUCACUCUCCUCAUCCCAUUCAUAUUUUUUGCUGUUAUAUUUGUUUCUUGGUCCCCUGCCUUUGGUGUUCUUCAUUUUAUUACAAUAUCACUCAAAUUUCUUCCUCUCACAUUAUCAUUUUAAUUUUUACUCAACAGAUAUGUGAGCCUGGGUCUCUAUAGUGACAGCAGGACACAAGUUUUUGGGGG